CUGUACAUCUACAUCUGUAUCAAUUCAAAACUUCGCAAGACAAACUGCAAGGGGGUCGCUGACCAGAAGGCAAAAUUCCAAUAAAUGUCUAAUUACCUUGACAGAAUGGAAAGUACUUUCAUAUAGCAGAUAUCCUCUUGAACAUAUUGGCCAUAACAUGAACAAAUACUAUAUAUUUCAAUGGUAUUUCGCUCUCUUUAUAAAGAAAUUUUGGUCUGUUGCCGAUACGAAAACAGAAUUACCUUUAAACAAAGCGUUCCCUACUGGUACUAUUUUUGGAAGAAUGCAACAGAUAUUGUUUAGCACUUAAUGGGUUCCACUCAACUGCCCAUUCCCGAGAUAAUGACGCAGUUAAGGAAAUUCUCUUUGAGGUAGGUUAAGUGUUUAAUAUCAGAAGAUGACUAGAUUGAGUUGGGAUUUGACAGUGUGUCAGAGGGAUACUUAGGCCGUCGAGAGAACUGUUGAUGGAGCAUCGAUGCAAAGAAAAGCAAUGUUGAACGAGAGCGUGGAUUGCUGCAUCAAGAUGAACGUUGCGCCGUAUCAUAAGUCAAUCAACAAUCUCACUGAUGUCUACCUUUUGGCCAGGCCAUGCUUCUCUCCUAAAGAGAGCUUCGUUGAUAUCCUCCUUUAUAUCAUGAACAUGAACCAUGAUGCCCAGAAGCGGCUUGAAAGUUGCCCGACCCAAACAAGCCCUCAGCCAGUAUGCAAUGUACAAGGGAACCAAGGCUCUCCAGGAUUGGCUACGUUCUGGGUCUUGGUGCUGCUCGUUGCAGUGGGAGGCAACUUGACUGUUUGCUUGGUCAUCUAUAAUGCUCAGAUGUUAAGAAAUAUACUCUCCAAUCACUUCAUUGCUUCUUUGGCAGUCAGUGAUUUGAUGGUCGGCCUGUUCCUUGUCCCGGUGCAGAUCUACUCCUCACUAAACUUUGGGAGGCUCUGUAUCAGCCGCUUUCUGUGCCACUACUACAAAACCAUGGACAGUAUUUCCUUUGUCGCAUCAAUCACAAACCUGCUUGUGAUAACUGCAGACCGGUUUAUUGCUGUGGAAUGGCCCUACACUUACCAAGAUAUCGUAACAAAAACACGAUCAAAGAUAGCGAUAGGUGUUGUUUGGUUCAACGCUCUUCUUAUUGGUGGUCUCUCAAACGUAAAUUGGUCGGAUGAAUCUAGCGAUACGACGGUUGCAUGCUGGACAGACAACAAGAUCUACAUCACUCUGCUAUUCACCAUAGUCUUCUACGCCCCAACUGUCCUGAUGGGCAUAGCACAAGGCAGAAUGCUGUUUAUAGCAUUGAGGCAUUCCAGAGAUAUAAAUGCUGCCAUUCCAAUGACUGCUGUCAGCAAGGACGGCUCUAACGAUGAAAUCAGUUCAAUCAAUCAUGCAAAGCAGUUCGUCAACCGCUUCAAGAAAGUGCUACGCGAAUACCGCGCGGUGAAAAUUAUCAUGGUCGUCUUUGGCACUUUCGUUCUCUGCUGGUUGCCUGUCACCAUUAUUGCCCUGCUGCAUGCUUGGUGCCCUGGAUGUGUUACACUGAAGACAUGGCAAACAACGCUUUUGGUCGAUGUCCUGCCAGUUCUGAAUUCGACAUUGAAUUUCUUCAUUUACUCAGUGAUGAACAGAGAAUUCAGAAAGAAUUUCAAGAGAUUGCUCAAGAGGGCCUACAUGUGGUGCACCAAUGAUAUUGGGUAACAGUUAUGACACUGAAGCAGUCAGUAUAAUCCACUGAAAUUAUGACUGAUGGAGCCACGAAGUGGUACUAAUUCUUGGGGAUGGGAGAUUUUGUAGCUAAGGGAUCUCGUGGCAUGACUUAAAUUUCGAAAAAAAAAACAAAAAUUUUGUCCGGCUGGUCUACAGCAUAGAUAGAGGGGUCAUCCCUCGAAAGUAGAUUAGAAAAUUCGAAGUAGCAUUUGCAGACUACUGCAUUGUAAAGGUGUUUAUAAUGUGGAUGCUGGUCAUUCGGUAUAUCAAAUUAACAGAACCGGUGAAAUAAUGGAAAUAUGGACAUUUAGUGACAUGAAUAGACUAUAGAAACAUGGACAUUUAGUGACAUGGAUAGAUUAUGUAGAGAGCAGCAUCGUUCUUGGUAUUCAUUGCUUAUAAUGGAUGGAUAAUGUUUUAUCAAAGAACGUUUUGGACUUUGUAAAUUGUUAUAAUGUUGAAAAUCGUGAAAAAAAUGCAAGUCCUCUUUUUUGCUGUGUUUUACUGUGUGUAAAAAAGGUACCGUUUACAUUGUGGAGUAACUCAAAGGUACGCUGUUUCCUACCAGUGGCGGAUUUAGACCGGAGCAAACGGAGCAGCUGCUCCAGUCAGAAUUUUCUAAAUUUAUUAUAGUGCCUGUUUGAUAUUAACUUAGCUCUGUUACUUCAUAAAUCAUCAAUUAAUACUUCCUGAUGCCCCCCAAACAACCCCUGUGGACUAGAUAGGUGCCUUAGAGAACUGGUUUACAUUUUGUCGUCUGAGUUGCUAAUGUGUUGACUGUGGAGGAGAUGUUCACAAUUUUGCUCCACACGAAAUACGUCAUGGUCAAAUAAACCAAUCAGACCACUGGAUUUUGCUCCAGUUGAUGAAAAUUUGCUCCAGGAAGUGCUGGUUAGCCAAUCAAACUACUGAGCAACUGGAGCAAAAUCCAGCUCUGCGAUUGGUUUGAAUCCGUUAUCGGGAGCAAGUUGGAGCGCACUCUUUCGAAUUGGAGCUUUCGUAACGUUCUGUGUGUAACGGGAAUUCGAAAAAAAACUGACGACAAGGAUUUGAGUUUUUUGAAAGAGAGACGGCAAAACAGGUAUGUUUACUAAUGUUAAUUAUGUAUGUCGUUUAAGGGAGCCCUCUUUUUGAUGCUGUCGUUGUGGACGUUUAUAAACCCAAUGAGAUAGGGGUUCAUUUAGGCCUAUAAGCAAGUCAUGUUAUUUAACAGAUUACUUUCUUAUCACAAAGUUAUUUGGAAGUAAUAAUGGUACAGAUCGUUUUGUCUAAUCUAAAAGCGCAAAAGGUCCUUAUGCCUUGGCCGCUGGGAAUACUUGUGGGAAUGUAGCUAGCUGUAAUAAAUAGAAUCAAAGCUCUUGUCAGAGGCGAGGGGCAAUUCACUCUUUCAGCUGCCAGUUUCCCUCCAAACAAACAGAUUUCUAGGGAUUUUUAAAAAGAGCUAUAGGGUUUCAAUUGUUGAUUUGCCCCUCGAUCAAGAGUGUUUGUCUCAAGCACGGAGCUCUGCUCUGAAUUCAGGAGUUUUAUGUAAUUUUAAUAUUAUGAUUUUCUUUGAAUAUACGAAGAGAAAGGAAUUGGUAUCAAACGUUGCUAAUCUGGGUGGGUCGCUAAUGACUGAUAUGAUAUAAUCGAUUUCAAUACUCUAUAAAUUGUCUUUCAAACUGAUGUUUGUCUUCCUUCAUCUAAGAGAUAAUAAAAGCUAUUCACAAAUGCAGCUUGUGUUGAUUGAAUUCAGACCAUUAGCAUUUUUUAGUAUUACGAUUACAUAGGCGUGUUUUUGAAACUGAUAAGAAUGACACUACUACCGAUGAACAAACUGCUAUUUCCGCGAAAAACCACCGCAAAGGAAACUUUCAAAGGCAUCAAUUUGAUUAAAGGGCACAUGUCGCUUUAGUAAUCGGCUAAUACAACAAAAACGUUUGGUGUGAAAUUCCAUUCUUUCGUGACUUGUCAUUUAUACGUCAUGAAAUUUUACUGCCGUGAAAAGAUAAAAGAUUCAGUUUGGUUUAUUAUUUUAAAAUUCCGAGUUAGUUGCGUGUUUCUGUUGAGAAAGAAUUCCGUCAACUAAAGUACAGUUUCAAGCAGUUUUUUAACAAAAUUUUUAUAACCUCUAAAUUGCUACUAGCUUUAUUUAAAAGUUUGUGCUAGUUAGAAAUUUUAUCUGAGAUUCGCAUGAAAUUAAAGUCGUUUUCAGAGAAUCUAAAGGGCGUGGUCAUAAAAAAUUGUUCGGGGGCUCCGCCCCC